GCCAGGCGCCAUGCCCAACAGCCUUGUGAGCAUGGGACUUUUCCAGGCCGUCACAGAAAGUUUCCAGCUUCAUGACCUUUUGAGUUAGCAGCACUUUUAUUCGUGCUCCAACAACGAACGAUUGCGCAACGCGUGUGUGCAGCUUCUUAUCAGCAUUUUCCCUCCACUUCACGUCCUCGACCAACCUAGCAAUAAUUGCAUUCCACCGAGGGAUUGCACACAUGGACGACACCGAUGGACGCAGUGCGAAGCGCUCUCGGUUUGACCGGACCGAGCCCGAACCUCGACGAUCCCGGUUCGACCGUCGCUCCCGUUCCCCCCCACCGAGAAAGCCCGACUCCGGCCGUGAUCGCGAACGUAGCCCCCUUUCGAGACCUCGCGAUGUACCUGCCGACUCCAAGUCACCUCCCGUAGACCCCGCUGCUGCCGCUGCCGCUGCCGCUGCCCGAAUCAAUGCACAGCUCCAGGCACGCAAAGGCAUCCAGCAUGUCGAUGUUCCCCCCGUUCGGUCGAGCUCCGUCACAAGCAACAAUGCCUCGCCAGCCCCUGGCGCCGCUCCUAUCAAUGGGGAGGUUUACAUUUCCGACGGCGAUUACAUUAAGGAUAUCGAGGUCAACGACUUGCGCAACAGAUAUCUCCUGACGAAGGGAUCGACUCAGAAAAUGAUUAAAGAAGAAACUGGUGCUGAUGUCACCACCCGUGGAAACUAUUACCCCGACAAGAACAUGGCUACCCCGGCAAACCCCCCGCUGUACCUCCAUGUCACUAGCACGUCGAAGGAAGGCCUGGACAAGGCUGUUGCCAAGAUCGAGGAGAUGAUGAAGCAGGAAUUGCCCCAGCUUGUCGAUGAGCGUCGGUUCCGCCGCCGGGACCAGGAACAGGCACCAGUUGAGCGCGACGAGUUCGGCCGGCGCAAAUGGCCCGAGGAGAAGAUCCCAAUUAACCUCGAGUCAGUGCCGGGGUUCAACCUCCGCGCCCAGGUUGUGGGGCAUGGCGGUGCCUAUGUCAAGCAUAUCCAGCAGGAGACCGCUUGCCGCGUACAGAUAAAAGGCCGCGGCUCUGGCUAUAUGGAAGCCUCGACCGGCAGAGAGAGUGACGAGGACAUGUUCUUGCAUGUUGCGGGCCCGGAUCCGAACAUGGUGCAGAAAGCCAAGGAGCUCUGUGAAGACCUCCUUAGCAAUGUGAAGGAACAGUACGAAGAGUUCAAGAGCCGGCCGCCUCGCAACUACGGUGGUGGUGGUGGUGGAAAUGGUGGUGGCUACGGCGGCCGGGGCGGUGGUGACUCUUACCAAGGCUACAAUCGGGAUAGCCACCAUCAGAACAGCAGCCACAGCUACAGCAACUCCCCUGCGCCCGGGGCUGGUGCUUCGGCCACGCCGCCCGCCUCGACUGGCACUCCGACGUCGGCCGCCGAUUACGCCGCUCAGUAUGCCCAGUAUUACGGCACUGCUGACCCAUAUGCAGCUUAUGGUGGUUACCAGGCAUAUGUCCAGAUGUACCAGCAGUGGGCGGCUGCUCAGGCCGGCCAAACCGGCCAGGCAAGCGCUGCUCCCGGUGCUCCCGGUGCCUCGGCAUCCCCGCCGCCCCCGCCCCCGAGCGAGGCUGCCCCACCCCCACCCCCUCCUUCUGCGGCGCCGCCCCCCCCGCCUCCGUCGGGGCCGCCAGGUGCGGCUGGAUACAGCGCGGUAUCACCCCCAAAAUCUACGUGGGGCACCCAGCGCGCUCCAACUCCCCAACUCUCCAACUCCACCCCGCCAUGUCUCGGUGCAUCGCCAUGUUCACCCACCAUGAGCCACCAACGAUACCCGUCCCAUGAUGCGGUCAAGGAACCGCACUCGGUAUCUUUGAAGGUGCUGCGCCUCUCCCGCCCAUCCCUCGUCGCCCAAUAUCCCUUCCAACCACCUUUUCCCUCCUCCUCCGACGGCUCCCUCUCCCACCAACAGCCCAUUCCCGCCUCCCUCGCCUAUAGCCCCAAUGGCACCAACAACCCCCCGACAAACCCGACGCCCUUCGUCCUAAGCCCCAUCCUCAACCUCCCCCCAUCCUUCGGCUCAGCCUACGUCGGCGAAACAUUCAGCUGCACGCUCUGCGCCAACCACGACAUCCCCGACGACGCCCCGCCAGCAGCGGCAGGCAAAACCAUCCGCGAUGUGCGCAUCGAGGCAGAAAUGAAGACGCCCUCCUCCGCAACGGCCCUCAAGCUCGCCCUCGCCCCGCCCUCCCCCACUACAACGGAAAACAACGAAGCCAACGAAGCCGGCACCGACCUCGCCCCGCACGAAUCCCUCCAAAAGAUCCUGUCCUUCGACCUGAAAGAGGAGGGCAACCACGUGCUGGCGGUGACGGUCUCCUACUACGAGGCGAGCGAGCUGUCGGGCCGCACCCGCACCUUCCGCAAGCUGUACCAGUUCGUCUGCAAGCCCUCGCUGAUCGUGCGCACCAAGCCGGGCGCGCUGCCUACGGCCCCGGGGGGCCGGCGGAGGUGGGUGCUGGAGGCGCAGCUGGAGAAUUGUGGGGAGGAGGGGGUCAUGCUGGAGAAGGUGGGUUUGGAGCUGGAGCGGGGGUUGGGGUAUGAGGAUUGUAAUUGGGAGGGUGGUGGUGGUGGUGGUGGUGGUGGUGGUGAUGGGGGGGUGGGGAGGAAGAGGCCGGUGUUGUUGCCGGGGGAGACGGAGCAGGUUUGUUUUGUGAUUGAGGAGGAGGAGGCGGGGGGUGUGGAAGAGGUGGAGGGUCGGGUGGCGUUUGGGAUAUUGCAGAUUGGGUGGCGGAGUGAGAUGGGCAAUAGGGGGUUCUUGUCGACGGGGAAGUUGGGGACGCGGUUUGUGAAGCCGAAAUAGAGACCUUGGGGAUAAAGGUGUUGGGCGAGUAAAGGAUUUGGCAUCAGUCCCAUGGAUUGGAUUGGUAGCAGCCGUGCCAGGGCCACAGAACUGAUGUAUUGUUGCAUGUGAAGACAUGAUCGAGGAGCAUCAAUAGACCCAGGCAAUGAGCAAUGAUUCAUGCCCGCCCAUAAAGCACUGGAUCAAAUCCGGAAACUGUCACAUAGCAGGGGUCACGUAGUCUUCCUCUCCCGAGUUCAAACCACUGUAGUGGUAUUUUAUUGCUUGGCUAACAAGCGUUAACAAAG